UCUGUCAUUCGGAGUCGGCAACUCGGAUCGCUCGACGCUUGACGUAAGGUUGAGUUUUAUUUAGGAUUAAUAAAACAUCAAAAAGUUGCGGUGCAAAUUGCACCUUUAUAUCUUAAAAAACACUUGGUUGUCGAAUUUUACCACAACGGCCUUUACAGUGAGCAGCAAUUAGUUAAGAUAUCAUAAAAAAAUCGAAUACACAUGAUUGAGGAGUACGAUGCGCUAGACUCGGCAGGAAAUUAGCAUUUGGUAAUCGGUUUAUUUUGUAUUGUGCUUAGUUUAUUUUCGUUUUCCAACCUCUGCACUUCAGUGUUCAGCAUGGCAAGUGAUGAAAAAAAAAUGGUGUCUUCAAGUAAACCGGCACUGCCUCCCAGCAGUGAUGAAACUGGCAAUGUGCUAUCAAUGAUAUACAGAUUCUUCAAGAAGGUGUCGGUUGUUGGUGCCGUGUACCUGGUCGGGUACAUGCAAUGGAGCGUGGCGUGGCUGAUCGGGCCCGUUAUUCUGUCUGUGCUGCGCGAUCAAUGGCGUAAGGAGAACGAGUACCGGCGCAACUUGGCCAAGGCCGCGGCCUCCUCCUCCGAGAAAGAUGUUGUUUUGGCUAAGCUUGACGAUUUGCCAGCCUGGGUAUUCUUCCCGGACGUGGAGCGCGCCGAGUGGCUGAAUAGGAUUUUGCUCCAAGUUUGGCCCAAUGUGAAUUCGUACGCUCGCAAUCUGCUGAAAGAGUCCAUUGAGCCGGCGGUGGCCGAGAGUUUGGCCAACUACAAACUUACCGGCUUCAAGUUUGAAAGAAUGAUUCUUGGCACCAUUGCGCCUCGAGUCGGCGGCGUUAAAGUUUACGACAAGAACCUAUCCAGGGAUGAAAUUAUCAUGGACGUCGACUUAUUUUACGCUGGCGACUGUGAUAUCUCCUUCGUCCUGCAGCGCAUCCGCGGGGGUAUCAAAGACCUUCAGAUUCACGGUAUGGUUCGUAUAGUAAUGAAGCCUCUCAUCUCCAAGAUACCUCUCGUAGGAGGACUCCAAAUUUUCUUCCUCAACAACCCGUCCAUUGACUUCAACUUAGUCGGUGCCGCUGAUAUUCUCGACAUGCCAGGGUUCAGUGAUAUUCUACGUCGCUGCAUCGUGGAGCAAGUUGCUAAGAUGAUGGUGUUACCUAACAAGCUACCUAUUAAACUAAGUGAUGAAAUACCUACUGUCGAUUUAAGAAUGCCUGAACCUGAGGGCGUACUUCGUAUUCAUCUCGUACAAGCUCAGAAUCUUAUGAAGAAAGACGUCUCAAUGAUUGGUAAGGGUAAGUCAGAUCCGUACGCGAUCAUUACGGUCGGCGCGCAGCAAUGGAAGACGAAACACAUCGACAAUAAUGUCAACCCUCGCUGGGACUUCUGGUGCGAGGCGCGUAUAAUGCAAUCUCUGGGCCAAGCGUUGGAAAUAGAAGUGUUCGACAAGGACGAAGGCAACAAUGAUGACAAGCUGGGCAAAUGUUCGUUGGAUAUCUCACAAGUUGUACGCUUUGGCCGCUUGGACACGUGGCAAACUCUUCAACAAGCUAAGCACGGAAAAGUCGAACUGCGUCUUUCUUGGCACCGUCUGACUUCUGAUGUGUCGGAACUUAGCCGCGCACUAACAGAGACCCUCCUCAUUAAGACUGGAGAAUUAAGCUCCGCAGUCUUAUCUGUGUACAUCGACUCGUGCAAGAAGUUACCUAACGCUCGCACGCAAUCUCGGCCCGACCCUUACCUUACGGUGACAGUGGGCAAGAAAACUGAGACUAGCGCCGUCCAGAUGAGGACCGAUGAUCCAGUCUACGAGAUAGGAUACUCGUUCCUUGUCCAGAACCCCGAGUGCGACAACUUGGAGAUAAAGGUUCUGGACUCGAAAACGGGAGGACAGCUUGGUCAGCUGACAUAUUCGAUCUCGACUUUGCUGAAAGAAAAGGACCUCAGCAUGAUUACCCAGCCGCUGAUGCUGCAGCGGUCCGGACCGGAGUCCAAAAUCAUAAUGUCUCUGCAAUUAAAGAUUUUGAAGGACGCUAUUAAAGAAGAGGACUACGAGGAUGAACCGGCGCCAGCGGUAGUAGAGACACCAAGAGAACCAUCACCUCCCGUGGUCCCCCCCUCACCUCCGUCUCCAACUGGCUCUGGUGAACCUGUGCCUCCACUAACUGAUCCCGUUACUGUACUUCCCGAGCCUAUAGUAAAGAAUGUGGAGGAUGCUCUUCUAGACAGUAGCUCACAGAAGUCAGUGCCUUUAGAGCACAUAGAAAAAGAAGUUGACACACCUCAAGAGCAUCUGCCCCCAAAGUCUCCCGAGCAUGAACCGCCCUCGAAGCUCACACAUAGAAUCUCUUCAUUGACUACGUCGGCAGGAGAAGCCGGACUCGGGCGUAUUCUCCUCUCACUUCGCUACAGCAUGCAAAACCAAACUCUGUUCGUGGUCGUCCACAAAAUUAUGCACAUACCAUUAAAGGAUCCUACCAAUGUACCUGACCCUUACGUCAAGUUGUACUUGCUGCCUGGCCGCUCUAAAGACUCCAAGCGUAAAACUGUGGUUGUGAAGGACAGUUGCAUGCCAGAAUAUGACGAGCAGUUUGAGUGGGUGAUUCCAUUAGCUGAGCUGCAUUCCAGGCAGGUGGAAGUCACUGUCGCCACGCAUAAGGGAUUCCUGGGAGGAAGUCCUGUUAUUGGACAGGUAGUGGUACAUCUGAACCAGUACGAUUUCCGUGAAGCUAAAACGAUGUGGUUCGACCUUUUGCCGGAGACGUCGCCAAGAGAUUGAACAUAGGCAUAGGUGCGAACCACCGUUCCAAAUUUUAUAAAAGUACUUAUGAAUCUUAUAUUUUGCGUAUUGCAGACGCCAUUAUUGCUGAUCUGAUUGUUAACUAUAAUGUUUAGUGUUCAAAUCGCAUAUUAUGACAAAGUAUUAUGAAGGCUUUUUGUAAUAAUGUAAUACUUAUUUUUAUGUUAUGUAGUUGUCGAGUAAAUCUAUGUAUUUUUACACUUGUUUACAUUGUUAUGAAUGCUUUCUAUGUUUAUUUCUCAAAACUAUGAACCUCCUAAUUAUCUUGCUGCUCAUGAUACAAAGUGUUGUGGCACGAAGUCCGAGUCAUACUACUAACAAGUUAAGCUUAUGAAUAUUAUUAUAACUGCAUUUAUGUCAAGUCGCAUAUUAUAUUUUGUGUAAGUGAUUGAAGCUAUAUUUUGUUUGUUAUUUUUUUAUCGCUAUUAAGUGGAAUUUUUGAGCAUUAAAUAUUUUAAAAAUAA